AAAAAAGAGAAUGUAUACAUUAGCGAGGAGCUGGGAGUAUAAUUGUUGGUGUUGCAGAGGCAGCAUGCGGAUAAAAGUGGCUAAACAUGGGAUAAAUGCAUUCAAAAGUCAUUUCAGAGAACUACAGGUGUGCGUGGAUAUGUAGGCAUGUUGUGGGGAUGUUUAACAGCAGCCAUCCCUGCUCCAAGUGAUGCAGCAGCAGUGGUGUAGCUCCGGGCUCCAUGAGGGGGACAAGGGGUGCACGGCUGCCACACGCCCGCUUCUCUCCACCGCAGCUCGGGCAGCCGUGCCAGCGUCCGACGGCGCAAGAAUCAAACUUUUCUGUACAUUUUCACGUCACCUGGACGCGAAACAUAAAUUUGGCAUCCUAUGCAAAUAUAUGCUGACGUAAAAGAUCAUGUGGUUUUUGUCGUCGAUCCCCCCUAUGAGCAACGAGGAGGCUUUUUUUUCUCCUCUCUACUGUUGUCUUUAGGUUAGCUAUGCUACAAUCUUUACUGUACCCAGCGCUAGCUAUAUGCGCCCCGCACCGCACCACUCUGGAUAUCUGGGAAUAAUCAACUUCCAGCUUGUCGCACCCUGCAACCGGAGACCGCACACAGGUCCUGUGGGAGAUUAUCCAGAGUGCCGCUGGUCUGAGGAUCGUCCCGAGAAGGAGGGAGGUCGAGGAGGACGGACAGCGUUUAGGAGGAGGAGGAGGAGGAGCCUCGAGCAAGAAGACUCAGCCCCCUGCAGUGAAGCCCCUCCCCCUCAGAGGAAGAAAAAGUUUUGGUUGAAGAACUACCUCUCAGUUGGAAGGUAGUAGUUCAGGCCAUCGAGCUGAGAGGGGAUACAGUCGUGGCAGCACCUGAGCACCGCUGCUAUCUGUGAUGCCCUCCCAUGAAGCCCAGGUCGGCAGCUGACACUGCCAGUGAGCGGGAGACGCCACUGCACAACCGGUCCUGGGCCGGCGCCAUCAGCCGGUUCUUGCCCUCCCUGUCACACGCUGGAGAUUCUUCCACCUCCACCCACAUACCAGUAUCCACAACCAUCAGCUCCGAUCCACACCAGUAAGGUCCCGUGAUAACCGACACGCUGACAUCCUCAGCCAGUACCACCACCAGCAGCAACAGCCAAAAACCACAAAUAUUGUCAAUCAGCAACACCAGCAAAACCACAAUCAUCACCACCAGCAGCAACAGACAUCAUGUCCAGUCGUAGAAAGUCCUCUAACCCCUGUAUGGUCCGGGUCAUCAGCGACCUGCCUAAAGAGCAAGAUGACCCAGAGGAGGUAAUGGACAUGGAAAUAUUUGUGAGCAACAACAUAGCAGAAAAAGAACAAUCAGAACCAUCUGAACCUGCAGAAAAAAGUCAAGACCCCCAACAGGAGAAUCUCGUGAAUUCAGGCCAGCAGGUGUUUCCAAAAAAGGUGGAAAACCAGAAUCCUGAGCCAUCAGAACAAAAGGAGCAGUCUGGGAAAGAAGAUCAACCCUCUGUAAUUGAAGACGAAGAAACCACGGGGGAGAAAGACAAGGAUGAAGCGGAAUCUGACCCAGCCUCCCAGAAGAAGCAGCCUAAAGGGUACGAGUGCAAAUACUGCCCAUUUUCGACGCAGAACCUGAAUGACUUUAAGGAGCAUGUGGACUCAAGCCAUCCUAACGUCAUUCUAAAUCCUCUGUACCUCUGUGCUGUGUGCAACUUCAACACCAAGAAGUUUGACUCGCUCACAGAGCACAACGAGAGCCAGCACCCCGGCGAGACAAACUUCAAGUUCAAGAGGAUAAAAACAAACAAUCAGACUAUCUUAGAGCAGACAAUCGAAGGCAAGGACAAUGAAUGCGAAGUGACAAAUGAGCAGGGUGAAAGCAACAGCAGCUCUGUGUUUUCACCCUGCAUAUCUACCACAGUAAAAACCCCGGGGAACAUCCAGGCACUCUUUGGAGGGAGCGAACUGAAGAGCCACUUGGACAGCUUGACCCAGAAGGAUCAGAUCACAGCAGUAAACAUCAAUGGAACUGUUAUCAUACCUGAACCCACCAUCCUUCAAGGGCUCUCUCAUGUCACCCCGAUGCUCCAGCGCCCACCCAAUUUUAACUCUGUACCAAAAAUAGCCGUUCCCUUGAACACCACCAAAUAUAACCCUUCUUUGGACAACAACCUGACACUGAUCACCUCCUUUAAUAAGUUCCCUUACCCGACACAUGCAGAGCUGUCAUGGCUUACGGCCGCUUCCAAGCACCCGGAGGAACAGAUCAAAGUCUGGUUCACCACCCAGCGGCUGAAGCAAGGCAUCACCUGGUCACCAGAGGAGGUGGAGGAAGCCAGGAAGAAAAUGUUCAACGGCUCCAUCCCUCCUGCUCAUCACACAUUCAACAUCCUGCCGACAAGCCCCAUCUCCCAGCCGUCUGCCAAAGCCUCCCAGCAGCCUGUCGUCCACACAACAGUUGAGCAUCCAGGCCAUGUCCGGACAACUGUGUCCAAUGGGCUGAAUAUCCCCAACAACACCUCCCCUGGUUCCGGCCACACCCUUAAACGAUCUCUGCCAACACACCUAACAACUGUGUUGGGCCCAGAGUUGAAGCGACCCAUCAUGGCAGUCGCCCCCCACUCUGGCGACCCUAAGGACAAGGUCCUGAUGGCUCCGCCUCCACCGCCUCCUCCCUACAAAGACCGCCUCCCUAUGGCUCCACCUCCUGUUCCCAUGGAGAUAAAGAGACCUGUAGCACUUCCUCUGGUCACAACAGAGAUGAAGAGGCCAUCCACUGCCGUGCCUUUAAUGCAACCACCAUUGUCAUCAUUAUCACCAUCUUCAUCAUCCAAAGGGAAGAUUCUCUCUGCAUUAGGAAACCCCAAAACAAAGCCGGUGGUGUCUCUGCCCUGCAUAGUCUUUCCAGAGUCCUUAACGAGGCCAAUGAUAGCGCCCCCGCCUAUCUUUGCCCCUUCAUUCAAAAACUCUUUACUUCUUCCUCGUGCUGUGACCGCCACUUCCAAAGAAAAGCACCCCAACUCUCACACUUUGCCAGCUGCUGAUCCGAAUUUGCCGAACUCCCCUCCACUCAUUACUUCACAGGUAAGGAGGCCACCUAUUAUCCAGUCCAUUUGUGCUCCUGCUAAAGCCCCGGCCCAGAUUCCAGGCUUCCCCUUGGAUGGCAAGAAACUAAAAGAGCAGCAAGGAGUGGAGCUGAAAGCUAACUACCACAGAGGAGACAAGGUGGUCAGUCCUCUGACAGAGGCCAACGGGAUAUCUCGCAUUGACGGUAAAUGGUCCCACGAUCAGACCUCCCCUUCUCACAAUAACGGGAUUGUGCAUUUGGAUAGUGGGGAGACACCAACAGCACUUAAACCAGAUUUUCAGCAGAAGUCAUCAGUGCUGACCCAGUUCCCUCUCCUCGAGAGGAUGAAAGGAAAAACAGCAAAACAGUUGAAGGUCUUGGAGGAGAACUUCCUACGGAACAGCUUCCCCAGUCACAGCGAUGUGGACAAUCUCUCCACCACGACCCGCCUGUCUCAUCAGGAAAUCGAUAGCUGGUUUGUGGAGCGCCGUGCACUUCGCGACAACCUGGAACAAGCCCUGCUCAACUCCAUGGGCACUAAGAGGAUGGGAGUGAGUGGCAUUACUGCCAUCGCUGAGAAACAACUGCAGCAACAGCAGACUCUACAGCUGAAUGGGGUUCACAAACCCAGCACUGGUGUGGGCCAUCUUAAAAGCCCCCCUCCACCUUCACAUGCUCUGUCCAUCAGUGGUCCUGGCACCAUUGCACCCUCCGUCCCCAACCCAAAUUCCUGCUCAGUGCCUCCAGACAGCCGAUCCCUGGCACUCCUCAAGGACGAUUUUGCUCAAACGCGGUGGCCUUCCCCUGAGGAGUUCAGCCAGCUAGAGGGUCGGAUGGGACUGGCUCGCGCCGACCUUGCCCGCUGGUUCACCGAUGGCAGGCUGCAGACCGGCAAUUUGGAGCUGACAGAACUUUUUCACAACAGUGGUGUGAAUGGAGGGCAGGGGAUGGCCGUGUGUUCUCUCGAAAACACUCCAUCCGGCAUCAUCCAGCGCUGUCAAGAAGGAGCCCUAACAAACAACAACAGCAGCAGUAAGGUGCUGGAGGUGGAGUUGGGUUGGCUGAUGGACCAACGCACCAACAGCCAACAGCAUGAUGAGCUUCAAGAUCGGUUUGCUGGCAGACUGAGGCAGCAGAGCGUGGCAGAGCUGAAGAAUGGUGGACAGAAUGGGGGAGUCCUGGGAGGAGCUCGGGAGGUGUUCGGGAGCUGGCUGGAGGACGGACACUCAAGGAGAGGACGGGAGCUGCUCCUGGACAGGGAAAGGAAGAUGGCGGAGGACGCAUCCGGGAGGCUGACUGGAUAAUCGGUGCGAAUAGGAUUUACCACCAUCACCGCCGCCGCUGCUGCUGCUGCUGGAAACAUACAGGAGGAAAGAAAAAAAACAAAGAAUGGAGCAACAAAAGAAGAGUUUUUCUGAAACUUAUACACACACAUAUAUAUAUAUAUAUAUAUAUAUAUACACAUGUAUAUAUAUAUAUAUAUAUAUCAGAUAUUGGGGUUUUUUUAAUCCUUUUUUGGUUUUUUACCGAUUUUUAUCUCUUGAUUGUCGCAUCCCAGGUCACACACAACAUCCUCCUUCGUCGCGUCGGAGCUAAUUUCGAUCUGAGGUGGCCCCUCCAACAAAAGUAGUUUAAAGUUUUUAUUUCAGGACAGGUGCAAACAUUCACCCAAAUUAAAAUCUGAAGGAGAAAUUCAGGGUCACGACGUGUGAAGAUAAUUGAAAUUUCCCUACCUUACAGUGGAUUUCAAAUUGCAGCUUUCAGUUUUUCACAACAAUGUGAGUUUUGCAAUAUUAUUAUCAUCCGAGGCUUCGCUCUAUACAUGCACAGAUGAAGCUCAAUGCAUGAACACCAUCAUCUUUUAAAGGAGAAGCUGAUUUCGAAAAUGCUGUAAACAAUCAUAGUUAGUGAUCGACGGCGAUACAGGAGGUUCUCAACAUGAUGAAGCUUCCCUUUUAGGUUUCUCUUCUGUAGUUCAAGCUUUCCUUUAAAGAGGUCGAUUGAAUUUAAUUUCAGUAAUACUUGAAACGUCUCUGAUUCCUUAACUUUUCCAGAGAAUAUAUCUUUAAAAAAACAGGCUGUGAAUUCUGUCAAAUUUCAAUAAAAUACCACAUGAACCCGUCACCUCGGUGCAGUGAGGUACAGGUGUACCGCACGACACUGUGAUCUCACAGUGGAGCAGGGCUACAGGAGGUCACCUGAGGUCAGAGAUCAACCACAGAGAACAGCAACUUUGUUGGCUUGAGCAAAGUUACAUGUUUGAAUAUCAGUGUGGAAGCCUAUUUGUGCCAAAAGAAGAAAGUCAAAACUGUGUUUUUAAUUCCUAGUUUGGACUUUUAAACUCAAAAUUGAGACUUUUUAAAUUUCAAUUUUAGAUCUUUAAAUUAUAUAUUUGACUUUCUAAACGAAAUUAUUGACUGGCUAAUAAUUAUAAUGUACUACUGCCUUAUUUUGACCUUGUACGUAAGAUUUCUAUUCCAUUAUUUUCACUAAACUCAAACUUUAUGACAUUCCUACUCACAAUCAAAUUAUUGAUUCUCAAAAUAUGACCUUUUCACUCAUAAUUUAUACUUAAGUAUGUCAAAUACUGACUUUUAUCGCAUAAUUAUGAUUUUAAAACUUAAACUUUUUAAUUUAUAACUUUAAUCACUAUUGCAUAAUUGUGACAGAUUAGUUCAUAAUUCUGACUGACCUAAUUUUGAUUUUGAAUUUAAAAUGUAACUUAUUCUUAUGACUUUUACUGAUACUUCUAUGUAUAUAAUGGUACUUUUUACUGCUUUUUUAUCUCAUAUUUUGACUUUUAAACUCAAAAAUAUGACUUUACAAAUUUACAUUUUAGAUGUUUUGCUUCAGUGUUUGACUGUUUAUCUCAAAUUAUUGACAGUCUCAUAGUUACAGCAUCCCGAUUCCUAAUUUUCACUCAACUUUGUGACAUCUUAACUCACAAAAAAGUCUUUUUAUCUUAUAGGCUGGACUUUAAAAUGUUUGAUGAAAUUAUUAUCAUAAGUACAACUUUUUCACAGGUAACUUUGACUCCGUAUGUCAACUUUUGACUUUCCAUCUCUUUAGAAUAUUGAUUUAAUUCGUCCCAAUUUUUAUUUAUUUUCUUGCUCAUGAUUAUGAUUUUUUAAGUAAUAUUUUUGACUUGAAAAGUCAUAAUUUUUACUUUUUCUUUGAUCAUUUUGAGUUAUGUCAUAAUUUUAACUCACCAACACUUUUUUGGGUUUCACUUUUUUUUUGGCACAAAUGGGCUUUCAAAUUUGGCCUCAUUGUGAUAAGAAAUGUUAAAAUCCUUCACCUGCUCUAAGUGGAGGCUUUGCUAGUAUCUAAAAGUACAUUUCCAUGGACGCCUCUGUAGCUGAAGGCACAUUAACUCCUCUCUCCUCAUGCUUCCUGGCUGUCCAGUAACCAUAAACAAAUAAUCUCACCCAAAUAUUGGGGGCGGCAUGGCUCAGUGGGUCGAGUGGCCGUCUUGUAACUGGAAGGUUGCUGGUUCGAUCCUCGGCCCGUCGAGCUUAUGUCGAGGUGUUCCUGAGAAAGAUACCUAACUCCUGAUGGGUUGUGGUUAGCUCCUUGCAUGGCUAUUUCCUCCAUCAGUCUGUGAAUGUGACGUAUCAUGUAAAGUGUUUUGGAUAAAAGUCCUAUAUAAACCGUUUACCAAUAAAGAUUUUACCUGCGUGGAGAGAAAAAAGUGACAAUUUUUAAAAAAUACGACUCAGUCAUUUUCAUGCAGAAUUGGCUCCAGCGGCUGUUUAUCUCCACGAACCAGUAAACUAAUAUGCACACAACUGAAGCGGCUGGAUGGAAACUUAGACUCCUGAGCUGCACUUAAAACACGGGGUUUGAUUUAUAUGUUAAUGUCUAAAUAACUUCCCUUUAAGAGGAUUCAACAUUCCCUUUAAGUGGGAAUUUGACUGAUAAUCAGACAGAUUUGUAUUUUUUAAAACGCUGUCCUCGCUUUGGUUUUGUUAGAAUCCUCGUAAUCAUCCUGAAGUUUGCCUUAAAGAGCAAACUCGCUUCAGGAUCUGCACUUUACUGGAAGUAAAUCCCUGAACUUUCCCUUCAAGUGACCCCGGGGGGUGGCAGCGUUGGGGGGGUACUAGGAGGCUACGAACCUGGCGGACGGAUGAGGCGAUGUUGUGCGUGACCUGCGCUGCUGUGGAGACGCAAUGAGGAGGAAGGUGAACCGAAGCACUGAAUGUGUGCCUGCAGCAGCAAUCUGACUGUACAGACCGACUGACCAACCAACAGGGUGGAUUUAAAACAAACAUGGAAAAAACAACAAAAAACCAACACAAACGCCGAGUGCCAAAGCUGGGAUCUGCUGCAUUCUCACUACACUUUUGAAAAAAAGGGUUCUUCUUCUUCUUCUUCUUGUAAAUAGGAUAUAUAUGUUUGUUUAUUUGUCUGUUUUGUUUUCCUGUAUUGCUACAGAUUUGUAAAAUUUUGCGGGAAAACCUUUGUUACAUUUUGUAAAAUGGGAGCAACUCGCCCCCCCCCGAAACGCCCUCCUUUGUUUUCUUUUUUUUUCUCGUCCUGAUGGACUUUUUCAACUUUAAAAAAAACCGUGCCAGCAGUGGCAUGCGUGUGUGCAUUUAUUUUAAUUUUUAAUCCCCCCCCAUCUCUCUUCUUUCUGUACUGACAAGGACUGGAGCCACUACAGAAAACACACACACACACACAAUGACGGACCAGUUGGCAAUACUUCAGUCACUUCUUCAUCUCACCGGCACUGGACUUCCGCCCGCCACUUCCCUGCUGAGAGGAGAGGAGAGGUGGGAGGAGAAAGGGGGAGGAAGAGGGGGGACUUCGCUUCACAUCAAAUCAGAUUUAAAAAACAAAACACAAAAAAAGCACCUUUGGACCUUUUUUCUUUUUUUUACUGUGCUGAAGUGAAGUCAAGUGCUAUUAUUAUAUUAUUAUUAUAUUAUUAAUAUUAUUGUAGCCACUCUGUCUGGAACCCUUUUUUGAAGAAAAGCAAAAGAAAACAAAAAAAAGAAACUUAAGCCAAUCUGCACUUCUUGUUCCGACGAACAUGCUUGUAUGACCAAUUGACUGUCGUGGAUCUUUGUUUAAAAACCGAUGAGAAACAAAUAACAAAAAAAAUAAGAAAAGAAACUGUUAAUGUGGUGGUAAACGCAGAAGGAUUCAACGGUAUCGAUCUUGCAAAACACACAAACUCGACAGUAAAAAAAAACACAAUCCAGAAUCAUGCUGCCUGAAUCAUACUUUUAUCUUUUUCUCUGUUUCACUUUCUCUUCUUCUAUUCAUCUCUCUUACUUUCCACCCUUUAUUCACCUCUAUCUUUUUCAGUCUUUUUUCCCACUUCUUCUCUCUUCGUUGAUUGUUUUUGUCUAUCUAUCUAUCUAUCUAUCUAUCUAUCUAUCUAUCUAUCUAUCUAUCUAUCUAUCUAUCUAUCUAUCUAUCUAUCUAUCUAUCUAUCUAUUUAUCUAUCUUUGUGGUCCUGCACACCAUCAUACACACCUGUAAUAAACAAAAACAAACAAAAAAAGAGAAAUAGCCUUUUAUUCGAUGCAUAACUUCAUGUUGGCUUGGUAGGCUUAGUUGAAACUAGUUCCAUUCCGACAAAAAAUAAUAAUAGUAAAAAAAACAAGAUAUGAGCUUCUUUAUGUAUUGCUUCUGCCGCUGUAGUGUCCUGGUCAGAUUUAAAGAUGAUAAGACUACAUAUAUCUGAAAUACUGUAUUUACAAAUGCAUACCAGGGCUGGCCUCAACAAGCAAACAACAGGGGAGGGAGGGUUUCUCAACUCCGUCCACUUCAGUCGGACGUUUUCCUGCAAAGCUCUGGCUGCUGAUGCGAGUCGAUUUAAAAAAAGACAAAAAAACAAUAACAAAAAAAGAAGCGUUUUUUUUUCUUUGCUUGAAGUCUUUAAACAUGUAGCGUUCAGCAUCGUUAAAGCACUCCGGCGCCGCAGAGAGCGCCUCCAGGUGGACACACAGCCUUAGAAAGCUUUCAAGAGAGUUUUAUUUUUGCAAGUGUAUAGUUUUAAUUGAAUAUUUUUCUGAUGAAUGAUUGAAUGUAUUUGCUUUGAAGGGAGGAGAGGGGGGAGGAGUCCAUGCUGUGGAUUUUACUGUCUGAAUGUCGAAAGAGGAAAGAAUCGAGCACGCCAGUGACAGAAAAACAAAAAAAAAUGGUGCUAUAAUUAAUUCUCUGGAAGAUCAGUAGUGGCUGUUUUAGCUCUUUGCAUUCACCUGAAGAAUUCUGUUUGUUGGAUUGUAGAAACACUGAGUGAUUCAAUAAGUAUGUGCAGUGUUUCAGUGUUAGCUUCUGAAAUUUUACAAAAAACAGCAAAAGAAAAAACUUUAAUAUUUAGUUUCUGUUAGCGAAUUUGAGUUAUUCGUAGCAAAUAUCCCAGGCUGCGUAAUGUCAUCAGGAGGUGGUGCUAUAGGCUACGUUACGCAUGCCUGCAUUAAAGACGGUAGGAGAAACUGCAAAUAAAACAUUCUUGACAACUAUUAAAGGAGAAGGAACAAACAAAAUUUUGUUUACGGAAAAAAGAACAAUUCUUUAGGACUUUCAAUCAAUAAAUUCGAAUAAUGAUUUUCAUCUUGCUCAUUAACGUGUUUUUUAAAAAAGUCAAAAAACACCUCAAGCAAGUGAUUAUUUUUCUCCAAAUUUUGCCUAUUGCAUCAACUUUUUUUCUGUAAUGCAGUACUGCAAAAUACACUUAAAACACAAUAUGCAAACAAAGUGCUUCUGUUGCCCCUAUAAUGUUAGCAUCAUGAAAGUCUUCCUGCACAGAAAACAUUUUUGAGUUCUCUGUACUUCUAGUCAUGGCUUUUCUGUUUCCAUAGAGGUGCAGGAUUUUAUGUCGCAGUGAAAAAUGAGCCCAUAGUGAGCAAAAAUCUAAUGGGAACAACAAACAAUAGAAACAACUUGGGGUUUAAAUGGUUUUUCAGCCAUAUUUCUCAGUCAGAUCAAUGGUAAAAAUGGAUUUUCUUUUCAAACAUUAUCACUAUAUAUAUAUAUGUAUAUGUAUGUAUAUAUAUAUAUAUAUAUAUAUAUAUAUAUAUAUAUACACACACACAUGGAGAGAGAGAGAGAGAUAAGAUAUAUAUAGAUAUGUCUGUGUCUCUUCAUUUUGUAAAAACUCGGACAGUGAAUGUCAAUUUUUUUCAGGGGAGGAAUUUAAGCCUCAAGAUUUAUUCACACUACAGGAAAACAAAUUAAAAACAUACAGUACGACUGGUGUGCUUGAAUCCUUCCUUUGGUUUCUUUUAAACUUGCUCUGUUUUCUCAUGCUGAAAUUUGUCUUUGUGUGCACCUGGAUUCCUCAAAAAAACAAGCUUUUGUGCGGUUAGAUUUAAAACCCAGCGAGGUUCCGAUUUUCUACAGACGAGGCUGAAACCCUCUGCGUACCCUGAAGUUUGCUCUGAUUGUGGACAUGGUCAGUUCCAGCAUCAAGAAAUAAAGAAUCUUUAUAGUCAAAACUUAAGAUAUUAUCUGUGAAAUAUCGACAUAGCCUGGAAUUAUCCUUUGUUUACAACCCUUGUCUGCUUUUCUGUCCAGACCCCAAAGCUGCAACUACAGAGGGUCAUUUGUGCUGCGAAAUCCUUUGCUUUAAAGUGCAUUUCUUGUCUGAUCCAUCCUUAGUGGUCAAGUAAACUUCAAGGGUCUUUAUCCGUCCUCAGCCUUCAGCUGUGUUCAGUUUUAUAAUCAAAAUUUUGUCAGAUAUUUGAAUCAAGAACAAAAACAAAUGGUAAAAACUCUUAUCUUGUUCAUUUUACUUCUUUCAAUGUCACUGAAGAAGCUCGAGGAAGGAUCUUUUAAAGACAAGACGUGACUCUUGCUGAAAUGUUUUAUUAUUGGUAAAGUCUUGCAGAAAUUUAAAUUCAUUCUGGCUCUUCAGUGAUUCAUGCCAGAUUAAAUCUCCCCUAAAUGGCUCAGAAAUUAAUGGAAACUUUCUGCAGCAUGCUGCAUUUACCAAACUGUCUCAACUCAUUUGUGGAAAGAAGUAAAAUAAAACAAGAUAACUGCCGUCGACACCAAAACACAUUUGACAGAUUUCUGAUAUUUGUCAUCCAAGUUCUUUUGGUUUUAUGUGUGUAUUUAAAAAAAAAAAAAAAAAAAAAAAGCUUAGUGUUCCUUCAAACUUCACGCAGGAUGAUGGUUUCUAAUGACUUUUUGGGGAAACCAGGUGCUGUAAGUGUCUUUUUCCGGGGAGUUGAGGCCAGCCCUGCUUCAUAACGGAGGUUCUGCUUCUUCUACUACUGCUACUAUCAAACAACCAGCCCUGGGCACAGAAACAGGCCCCAACACUGUCAAAUCCUCCAACACUUGAGGACCUGUGUUCAAUUUUUAACUUUGCAUACCAGCAUUUUCUAAAGUCAGAACCCAACAUUGAUUUGGAGCACCAGCUUGCUUUUGCUCCCGACAUGAUAGAGACACUGCUGUUGAUCAGCUCGCAGCCCAAAGUUGGGCUGCGCUUUGGGCUACGGGUUCAAAAAAAAGGCGUCUUUGGAGUUAAAUAACAAAAGAACAUCCAUCGAUCUUUGUUUUAACACUGUUUGAAAAGUGUUGGAGGUCUGUUUCUGUCUCCCAGGUCAGCAAAACAACCUGUUGAUGUCUGCUGUAUUUCAAUAAAACACAGCCUUUUUCAAAGGGUA